AUGGAUUUGAGAUUGGUAGGUUUGGAUGCUCCAGUAUUGCAUGCUUUACACCAAAUGAUGGACCUUUCAGACGACAACUAUUCGGACAAGUCAUCAUCACACAAUGCUCCGACACGGUCGUACGUUAGAGAUGCGAAGGCGAUGGCUGCAACUCCGGCGGACGUGAAGGAAUAUCCAAAUUCAUACGUGUUUGUGAUCGACAUGCCAGGGUUGAAAUCUGGUGGCAUAAAGGUUCAGGUGGAGGAUGAUAACGUGCUUGUGAUAAGUGGUGAAAGGAAGAGGGAAGAAGAAAAAGAAGGUGCAAAGUAUUUGAGAAUGGAGAGAAGAGUUGGAAAAUUUAUGCGGAAGUUUGUUCUUCCUGAAAAUGCUAAUACAGAUGCUGUUUCAGCUGUGUGUCAAGAUGGGGUGUUGAGUGUUACGGUUGAAAAAUUGCCUCCUCCUCAACCUAAGAAACCUAGAACUAUUGAGGUUAAGAUUGCUUGA